CUCUAUAUAAAUGAGGCUGAAGAGAAGUGUACUUACAUAAACAAAUCAACAAAGAAGAAAGUAAGAAAGAAAAUGUCUGCCCAAAAAGCUGUCAAGAGUUCUCACUACGAGGCAGAAUCCAACAUGGAACAAGAUAUCGUUAGAAAAGCAUGGGUGUUUAAGCCAAGCGGUCUUAACUUCGUAUGGGGUGGUGACUCUCGCUACUGGGUCAUCCCUAAAGAAGACAGGACGCCUGCUGAACUAAAGAUGGUGAGUUGGUUAGAAGUAACCGGUUCGUUUGACAAGGUCGAGCCAGGCAAAACGUACCGACUCGGUUUCAAAAUCUCCUUCACAGGUGAUGCAACCGGAUGGGACAAGGCUCCGGUUUUCAUGUCCGCCAAAGUCGGGAAGAAAGGGAAGACGAUCUGGAAGAGGAUCAAAUCAAUUAACACCAACUUUGAUAAAAUCAAAGGCGGGACAACACCGGUGAACAUACCAGAUGAGACUGACGGAAGAUUCGAGAUCUUCGUCAGCCCCACGGAACCAAUAACACAAGACACCAAGCUUCAGUUUGGUUUGUAUGAAGUGUGGACCGGAAAAUGGAAGUCAGGUCUGUUGAUCUAUGACGCUUUUGUUCAAGAAGUGAACCAGAAAUUAUAAAUGUCACAAUAACCAUAUCAAUUUAUAUAUGUUUCCCAUCAAUAAGAAUCAGUUUUGUGCA